AUGAAGAAGGAGAAGGAGGCAAAGAAGGUGAAGGAGGUGAAGAUGAAGAAGGAGAAGGAGGCAAAGAAGGUGAAGGAGGUGAAGAUGAAGAAGGAGAAGGAGGCAAAGAAGGUGAAGGAGGUGAAGGAGGUGAAGAAGGUUAAGCAGGAGAAGAAGGUGAAGCAGGAGGUGAAUAAAUUUCCAAAAAUGAUGCAGAAAAAGCAGCAGCCAAAGUUGCAAGAGAAGAAAGCGGGAAAAGACGAGCAGCAAAAGCAAGUGAAGGACACGGAAGCUGAGCCGGAAGAGGUGGAGAUGCCAGCGGCCCAGGAACCCUCUGCCUCUGAGAAAGAAUAUGUCAUCUCUCUGUCUGAGAGCGAGACAGAGCAUUCCAGCCCCAGCCCCAGCCUGAUGGAGAGGAUGAUGGGGCAGCGGGAAGAGGCCGAGGAAGAGCCGCCCAGAGUCUUCUGGGACAGCGCUGCUUUGCCUAAACGGACGCUUUCUCCAAGGACAGAUGAGGCCCUGCGGGAGGUGGUGAAGCUCAUUGUGGGGCAGGUGUCCCGUGAGCAGCAGGGACAGAGAGAUGCAGAGAAGGAUCUGCAGGACCGGCUCCAGAGUGAGCUUGCAGUGCUGUGGUGGAGUCGGCCAUCGAUACACGCACCUGGCAUCCUUCAUCUGCCAGGAGCUGAACACAAACCUGCACCCCCAGCUGGGCCAAGGCCAGACAAGGCGGCACGUAGAGUGGUAAGUGGGAUCUCGUAAGCACCGUGUCACAGCUAGCCGUAGCAAGCCAA